UCCAAACAUCAACAUUCAAUUCAAUGAUCAUUUAAAUCAUUUAAUCAUCAUAUUAUUAUUGCCUAAAUGGUUGAAAUGUUAUCAUAAAAUUAUUCGUCCUCAAAUAUCAUCAAUUAUGUUUAAUAAUGUUUGAAAGUUUUAAAACUGAAAAAAUAAUGUUCAUUAACCGUGCACUAGAAAAGAUUCUCGCCGAUCGUGAUAUUAGAAAAAGUAACAAUCAACAGUUGAAAAAAUCCUGCGAAUUUGUCCUUGAAAAGAUUAAAAAUGAACAAAACGCUAGUAAUCACCAAAUCCAAUCUGAAUCUUCAUCAUCAUCAUCUUCCCAUCAUUCUUCCACACUUCCUCAACCCUCCAAUCGGAAGGGUUCGGUGUUUGAUGAUGAAAUAUACUUCACACCAUUCGAGCUUGCAUGUCAAUCAAAAUCAAAUCGUAUCGUAAUAAUUGCUUUGGAUUGUAUACAGAAAUUAAUAGCAUAUGGCCACUUUACCGGCAAUCGUAUUGAUAGCCGUAGUGAAGAAAAAAAAUUGCUCAUCGACACUAUGGUUACUUGUAUUUGCAAUUGUUUUAUAGGACCAAACACCGAUGAUGAAGUGCAAUUACAAAUAAUUAAAGCCUUAUUGACUAUAGUGACAUCACAAUCAUGUCCAGUACAUGAAGGCAGCAUUCUAUUGGUCAUACGUACCUGUUAUAAUAUAUAUUUAAGUAGUAAAAAAUUGGUCAAUCAAACCACAGCUAAAGCAGCAUUAACACAGAUGCUAAACGUGAUAUUCUCUCGUAUGGAAUCAAUUUCAUCUACCCCUUCAUCCUCAUCAUUAACGGAUGCAUUUGGAAAUGCUAUCGAAACGAGCAAUUGUGAUAAUUGGGAUGCUCGAUCACUGACAAAUGAGACAAUAUUAUCGAAUGAAUUAUUUGAUAUUUAUUAUCAACAUGUAUCCGAUUCAGAUGCUUUGAAUUCGAUCGAAACUAUUGUCAAUGAUGUCAUUACGACAGUUUGUAAAUAUUCGGAAGGCGAUAAUAUUUCUAUACAAUCGAAUAAGACUCAAGUUUCUCUAACGACCAUUUCAUCGAAAACCUCCCAUAGUUUGGCCAAUGUCAAUAGCAUCUCGUUAGAUGGUUUCGAAACAAACGAUACAAUACAUUUAUCGUUUGAAAAUAUUUAUCAAAAAGAUGCCUACUUAAUUUUUCGCUCGCUUUGCAAAUUAAGCAUGAAACGAUUGAUGGAUAAUAGUUUUGAUAUGAAAUCACAUGAAUUACGUUCAAAAAUUUUAUCGCUACAAUUAAUUUUGCAGAUUCUACAGAAUUCUGGUCCAGUUUUUCAGCAUAGCGAUAUGUUUGCCGUGGCAAUCAAGCAGUAUUUGUGUGUUGCUUUAUCGAAAAAUGGCGUGUCUAAUAUACCGGAAAUAUUUGAACUUUCAUUAGCGAUAUUUUUGGCAUUGUUUCAGAAAUUCAAGACUUAUUUGAAAAUGCAAAUUGAAGUAUUUUUCAAGGAAAUAUUCUUGAACAUUCUGGAAACCGUAUCCAGUUCAUUCGAACAUAAAUGGAUGGUCAUACAAGCAUUGACCAGGGUAUGCGCUGACGCUCAAAGCAUUGUCGAUAUUUAUGUCAAUUAUGACUGUGAUCUUUCAUCAGAAAAUAUAUUCGGCCGUCUUGUCAAUGAUUUGUCCAAAAUUGCUCAAGGAGGUGGACAGAUAUUGGAUUCAGGAUUUGUGAACUCAUCACAGGAAAGAAGCAUGCGAAUGAAAGGAUUAGAAUGUUUGGUUUCCAUUCUCAAGUGUAUGGUUGAAUGGAGUAAUGAUCUUUACGUAAAUCCAAAUCAGCAAACCGAUUUGGUAAAUGAAAAAUCUAAUUCUGGAUGUAAAGAUGACCUUCAUGAAACAUCAUCAUUCAAUAAUCUUGAUGAUAACCCUGAGAAAUUCGAAGAGGCCAAAAAUCAGAAGAAUAUUAUUGAUAAAGGAAUCGAUUUAUUUAAUAUGAAUCCAAUGAAAGGGAUCAAAUAUCUUCAACAUCAUAAUAUUAUUGAUUCAAGUCCAGAAAGUGUUGCCCAAUUUUUUCAUACAAAUGAUCGAUUAGAUAAAUCACAUGUUGGAGAAUUUAUGGGUGAUUUUAAUACAUUCAACAAAGAAGUUAUGUAUGCCUAUGUUGAUCAGAUGGAUUUUGCCGAUCGAGAUAUUGUUAGUGCCUUACGUUUUUUUCUCGAAGGAUUUCGAUUGCCCGGUGAAGCACAAAAAAUUGAUCGAUUUAUGGAGAAAUUUGCUUCAAGAUAUUUUGAAACGAAUCGUAAUCAUGGUAUAUUUACUAGUGCCGAUACCGUUUAUGUCUUAGCAUAUUCAAUAAUAAUGUUGACUACCGAUCUACAUAGUCCACAAGUGAAACGAAAAAUGACUAAAGAUGAUUACAUCAAAUUGAAUAGAGGCAUUAAUGAAAGUAAAGAUUUACCCGAAGAAUAUUUAUCACAAAUAUAUGAUGAGAUUGCGGAAAGUGAAAUCAAAAUGAAAAGUGGAUUUAUUAAAAAAGUAUCCGGUAAAGAAGUGACUAGCGAAAAAGCUCGUCGUCUUUUAUACAAUAUGGAAAUGGAAACAAUGGCAUCGACGGCCAAAGCAUUGAUGGAAAGUGUUUCACAUGUAGAAUCACCAUUCACAUCUGCUAAACAUCUAGAACAUGUGAGGCCAAUGUUUCGUACAACUUGGACAUCAUUUUUAGCUGCAUUCAGUGUUGGUCUUCAAGAUUGUGAUGAUCAAGGAAUAGCAUCGCAUUGCCUCAAUGGAAUCCGUUGUGCCAUACGAAUUGCAAGUAUCUUUCAAAUGACCCUUGAACGUGAUGCAUUUGUUCAGGCGUUAUCUCGUUUCACUUUACUUAAAGCCAAUGGUCCUAUUAUUGAAAUGAAGACAAAAAAUAUUGAUACGAUCAAAACAUUAAUUACCGUAGCUUAUACUGAUGGUAAUUAUUUGGGCAAAAGUUGGCUAGAUAUUUUACGGUGUAUUUCACAAUUGGAAUUGGCCCAAUUGAUUGGUACCGGUGUUAAGGCACAAAUGCUUAACAAUAACAAUCUACAAAUCAAUAAUUCCAAUGGAAAUAGUUUUGGUUUCCAAUUUAAGCUCGAAUCAUUUGUAGCAUUAGAAUCAUUGGCCAGAAACAAAGAGAAAGAAUCGAGAAUUUCCGAAUCAAUGAUUGAAGCCUCAUCACAAAGUGUUGUUGUUGCCGUUGAUAGAAUAUUUACUGGAUCUAUUCAUUUAGAUGGCAAUGCUAUUGUUGAUUUUGUCAAAGCUUUAUGUCAUGUUUCAAGUGAAGAGCUAUCCAAUGUUCAGAAUCCAAGAAUGUUUAGUUUACAAAAAAUUGUUGAAAUCUCUUAUUAUAACAUGAGCCGUAUUCGUCUUCAAUGGUCACGAAUAUGGGAAGUAUUGGGCGAACAUUUCAAUAAAGUUGGUUGUAAUCCUAAUGAAGAAAUUGCAUUCUUUGCUAUCGAUUCGUUGCGACAAUUAUCAAUGAAAUUUAUCGAAAAAGGCGAGCUAUCAAAUUUUCGUUUUCAAAAAGAUUUUCUUCGUCCAUUCGAACAUAUUAUGAAAUGUAAUUCAUCCAUAGCCAUUAGAGACAUGGUUGUAAGAUGUAUUGCACAAAUGGUCAAUUCACAAGCAAGUAAUAUUAAAUCUGGCUGGAAGAAUAUAUUUAGCGUUUUUCGAAUAGCCGCAUCUGAAACUGAUUCUUAUAUAUUUGAUUUAUCAUUUCAAACUACAUGCAACAUAUUCAAUAAUAUUUAUGAAAGUAAUUUUACGGCAAUGAUCGAUUCAUUUCAAGAUGCAAUCAAAUGUCUGUCAGAAUUUGGCUGUAAUCAACAAUUUCCCGAUACUAGUAUGGAAGCAAUACGUUUGAUACGAGCUUGCGCACGUUAUGUUGCUGAACAGCCACAAUAUUUCAAAGAAUUCAAUAUUGAAGAUAAAAACAAUGGCUUUUUGGCUAGUGAAGAUGAUCGUGUUUGGGUAAGAGGAUGGCUACCAAUAUUAUUUGAAUUAUCAUGCAUUGUCAAUACAUGCAAACUGGAUGUUCGUACUCGUGCAUUGACCGUCAUGUUUGAGAUAAUAAAAUCACAUGGAAAUGUGUUUCGUGAAAAUUGGUGGACCGAUUUAUUCAAAAUAAUAUUUCGUAUAUUUGAUAGUCUUAAAUUACCCGGACCACAGUUGGAGAAGACUGAAUGGAUGACAACCACAUGUAAUCAUGCCCUAUAUUCAAUUGUCGAUGUUUUCACACAAUAUUUUGACAUUCUUGGCUCGUUUCUUCUCAAAGAUGUUUAUUCACAACUAUUCUGGUGUGUACAACAAGAUAAUGAACAAUUGGCACGUUCGGGAAUCAAUUGUUUUGAAAAUUUAGUCAUCUCAUGUGGUGUCAAAUAUAAUCAAAUCACUUGGACAAUGACAAUUGAACUUAUUGAAAGAAUACAUGAAGUAACGAAACCAUUGCAGCUAUUCUCAUCGCCGACAACAAACCAACAUCAUAAUAAACAAUUAUUAUCAGAUGAAGAAUUGGAAAAAGUCAAGAUUAAAUUUUUUGUACAAUUAGAUUUGAUUCAAGCUAUCGACAGCAUUGUAUUUUUUCCAUCAUUCAGUAAAAAAGAGGAUACCGAAAUGAUCAAAUAUUUGGAGAAUAGUUUGAAAGAUAUUGACAUUAAUAAACAACAACAGCAACAACCAAAUAAUAUUACCAAUAACAAUUGUCGAACAAUAACGAAUGGUCCACUAGAACGUUGUUCAACUACUGACCUUCGAAAUAUUAUUACAAAUGGAAUGUAUGGACAUAUGAAUACGGCUAUUCUUGUUCGUUUGGCUAAAUUUCUCAUAAAAGUAUUCGAUUCAUUCAAUCAAGUCUAUUUGGAUAAGAAUAAAUCAAAAAUAUUGGCUGAUAAGCUUAGUUAUCUUUCACAAUUGGAGAUCAAAAGUUUACUAUGUGCCAUACGGAUACUAUUCUAUCUGUACAAUGAUCCUGAUCGUCAACAGCAAACAGAAUUUAUUGAACAAAUUGAACAGGAAUUAAUUAGUAUUUCAUCACGAGCAUUGCAUUAUUACUACCAUAUUGAAAAUGAAUACAAUCGAGAUAAUUGGACUUCAAUCAUUUUAUUGAUAUUAUACAACGUUUCUAAAUUGCCUACAGGCAAGUUUUUCAAACAUAUCCAAAAUUAUUAUGGACUGAUUUGCAACCUACUCAUUUUGGAUCUGAAAAUAACAUUGAAAGUUUUGAUCAGGCAAAUAUUUCUACGACUUCAAUCGGAUCAAUGUUUUUCAAUUUUUUCUUCACAAUAAAUAAUAAAAAUAAUAAUAAAUAACAAACAUCAUGAUGAUCAUCAACAACAACAACGACGACGGUGAAGGAGAUAAACAAACGUGCCAAAAUCCGGGAAAAGAACAUCACUAACGCCACCACCACCACCAUCACCUACUAUAUAUAUAUAUAUAUUAUUACCCCCAUAAUUUUCUAACA